AUGCAUUGUUCUGUCAAAUUGGUCAUCGUGUCCGGUGCAUUUGAGGUAGCUGACGACCUCAUGGUAGCAAAGGAUCCUGUCGUGAUUGCAGUCCAUCCUGUUGAACAUCUCCCGAAGACGCCGUUUCUUCUCAGCAGUUGUAAUUCGAACGGCCAUCUAGCAUUAUCCUCCUGCCGAGCAGGCUGGGCUGGCUACAAACAGCUGGUUAGAUGA